GACUAGUCUGUGCUACGUGGUGCAAAAGGCUUAGCAAGACUGACGAACAAACCCAGCGCUCGCCUGCUAUUCCUAGCUGGUUUGCGUGGGCGGCUCCAGACUCUCCUUGUGGAAUUCCUGCCCGGAUAUUUGGGAGACGCAGCGAUAUGGGUCCCAUUCCGGGGAUCCUUCCAAGCUUCCUCUAUCUUGCCCUCACCUCCAUCAUCACCUGUGCAGAUGUCCCUCUGCGCUUCCUCUCGGAGCCUGUGUCUGCAGUCCAGGUCGCCGGGGGUCAGCUGGAGCUGCGCUGUGCCGCCGAGCCCCCCUCCGCCCUCCUGUCCUGGCUCUUCGAUGGGCAGCGGCUGGACGGUCAGCGGCUGGCCGGAGCGGAGGUGCGGCCGGGGUCGCUCUCAAUCCUGUCCCUGCAGCCGCUCCACGGCGGGCGCUAUCAGUGCGUGGCCAGCGCAGCUGAGGGAGCGAUCGUCAGCAGGAGCGCCCACGUGUCCCUGGCAGGUCUGUCUGACUUCGGUGAGGCAGCUCGGGAGAUGGUUACAGCAGAGGAAGGUGGCGCGGCGCACAUUGAGUGCCAUCUACCGAAGAGCAACCCCCCGGCGCUGCCGCGGUACCGGGUUCAAGGGAAGUGGCUUGAGCACUCGACAGAUAACUUCCUAAUUCUUCCAUCGGGGAACCUCCAGAUCGCGUCUGUGUCCACGCAGGAUCGGGGGACCUAUAAGUGCGGGGCGAUGAACCCUGUGACUGGCGAGACCAAAGUGGAGCCUCACGGGCACAGGCUGGCAGUCCGACGCUCGGAUGGCAGGACCCCAGUUCAGAUCCUCUACCCCAGGACCCCCCUGCUCCUCACCGUGGUCCAGCCCGACUCUCUCACCCUGGAGUGUGUCGUCUCGGGAAGCCCCGCCCCCGCGGUGCGCUGGACAAAGGGGGGGCGGAGCCUGGCUGAGAGCGGGAGGCGGAGACUGCUCCACAGUAACCUGGUGUUGGACAGCGUGAGGGAGACUGACACGGGAAACUACCAGUGCAUCGCGGAGACUGAGACGGGAGAGCUGGUGCUGGCAAACUACACAGUCAGGGUACUCGAGCCAGCCUACCUGUUGCGGGGCCUCUCGGAUCAGUCCCUCCCCGUGGGUUCGAUGGCCCGCUUUACCUGUGCCUCCCGGGGUAACCCUGCCCCCAACGUCACCUGGUUCCACAACGCCGCCCCCCUGCACCCCUCCUCCCGGCACCAGCUCUCCGGAGCCCGCCUCCGCAUCACCGCGGUAACUCACCAGGACCAGGGCGUGUACCAGUGCCUGGCAGACAACGGGAUUGGUUCGGUGCAGUCAGCUGGGAGGCUGAUCAUCCAAUCAGGGUACAGCUCCAGGCCUGUCAUCACCUCCCCUCCCUCUAACUCCAAGGUGCCCGAGGGGGAUUUCGUGGCUCUGUCCUGCAAUGCCAGUGGGAGCCCCCCUCCUCUCAUCCGCUGGUACGACAGCCAGGGACCCAUCAGCAGCCACCCAGCCCACCUGCUCCGAGCCCAGCCCGGCAGAGCCCCGCAGGCCACAGCCAGGGCCUGGAGUGCUGACCCUCUCCACUUCACCAUGUCCCGGGCGGGGAGCAGCUCGCUUUACAUCCAGGCCGCUUCCCUGGGCCACUCUGGGAGAUACGUCUGCGAGGCCUCGAACGAGCUGGGCUCUGUCCAGGCUGAGGCCUUCCUCACCGUGGGUAGGUGACUCCCCUGCCGUGCU